GGGAGCCGACUGAAAGUUGCACAUGGCAGGGACGGUCCGCGGUCGGGGCUGGGUUCGGAGCUGGGGGAGAGAUGCUCUAGGGCUGGGUUGGGAGGACGCGCGGGGUCCGCUCCAAGCAGGGUCAGAGACACCCAGCUCCAAAUAUUGCUGGACCAUGAGCAACACUUCCCAAAGAAUAUCUGUGACAGAACAGCAUAUGGCUGAGCGAAAGAUCGCAGUUGUUGGUGCUGGGUUGAUUGGCCUGUCUACAGCUGUGUACAUUUCAGAAUCUAUUCCCAAAUGCUCUGUGACUGUAAUUUCAGAGAGAUUUACUCCCAACACAACAAGUGAUGUAGCAGCUGGAAUGCUUAUUCCACACACUUACCCAGGCACACCAGUUCACCAGCAAAAGCAGUGGUUUAGGGAGACUUUUGACUAUCUUUUUGAAAUCAGUAAUUCAUCUGAGGCUUCAGAUGCUGGCAUUCAUCUGGUGUCUGGCUGGCAGAUCUUUAAAACCAUCCCUGAUGAAGAGUUACCAUUUUGGUCUGAUGUUGUCCUGGGAUUUCGUUCAAUGACUAAAGAGGAGUUGAAGAAAUUUCCACAGCACAAAUUUGGUCAGGCCUUUACUACGCUGAAAUGUGACUGCCCAUCCUAUCUGGUGUGGUUGGAGAAAAGGUUGAAAGAAAAUGGCAGCCAGGUGUAUGCAAGACGAGUAGAAGAUCUGUGGGAACUGCAUAACAAAUAUGACAUCAUUGUCAAUUGUUCAGGCAUUGGAUCCAGAGAACUCAUGGGUGACUUGGAAAUAUAUCCUGUGAGAGGUCAAGUACUCAAGGUUCAUGCUCCUUGGGUGAAACACUUCAUCCGGGAUGGGGACGGAUUAACCUACAUUUAUCCGGGAAUACACAAUGUAACAUUAGGUGGGACAAGGCAAAAGGACAACUGGAGCUUAUCCCCAGAUCCUAGCAGUAGCAAAGACAUAUUUGACAGAUGUUGUGUUCUUGAACCCUCACUUCAAAGAGCCCAGAAUGUGAUGGUGAGGGUGGGUCUGAGGCCAUCCAGGUUAGCUGUGAGACUGCAAAAAGAGAUGCUGGUCCAUGGUGGGAAAAAAUUGCCUGUGGUUCACAACUAUGGACAUGGUUCGGGUGGUUUUUCAGUGCACAGGGGCACUGCCAAAGAGGCUGCUCGACUGGUGGGAGAAUGUAUUGCUGCUCUGGAAGGCUCCUCUUCAAAGGCAAAGUUAUAAUCAUUAGGACGCCUUUUCAGUUAGUGAUAGGCUAUAUUUCCCUCACUAAUACCUUUGGAGAGUGCUACCCCUCCCAGAUCCCAAGCUGCACCAAAGGAAAAUUCAAAGGCUCUUCUCUCUUUUGGAAGAAAAACCUGACUAGGAGGGCUAUUGAUGAACCCAGAAAACUGAGAAUUAUCUUCUUAGGUGUCUCAGAACCUGCAUGAGGCAUAAGAAUAAGCAAGAAUUUCCCUCACCAAACCCAUAACUAGUGUUGGGCUGAGCCUUCCCUGACUUAGUAUGGGUGAUAGGCAAUGGGUAUACUAUCUACUCAUCUGCAGAAUGGUUUGCCACUGCUAUUUGAUGUACCUCUUUCAUCUUGCCUAUGUCCAAAUACAGGCCAUUUGUUAACUUUUCUAAUCUCUGCAUAAAUUCUUUCGCUCAAGUCUUUCUCCUGCCUGUCUGAAAUCCUUGUGAAUGCUACUUAGGUGUUAGCACAGACCUACUUCUGCAUAUAACUUGAAGCAAUUUAUCAUUAUGCCUCUCUAGAUGCAAGUGAAAAGGAUCAUAGAAAUAUAGGCCUGGGAGGGACUUUAGCAGCCCAUCUAUCCCUGUCCCGAGGCAGGACUAAAUAUUAGCCUUGAAUAUGUCCAUCUGAUCCAUAUUUUCUAAUCUAUUUCAAAUAUAAAUGCAUGGCAGAUGGUGCCAAAUCUUUCACAUUUAUAAUGCUCUUCAAAGGCGUAGUUAUGGACUUAAAAGGAACAAUUAUAUUUGAGAUAUUUUUAUCAAUCUUUAUAAUUACAGGCAGCAGAUGACCUAUAUGUUUGCUUUUAUAACCCAAGCACAAAGCAAUCAUUUUGUACACCUGGGAUUUUUUAUUUACCAAAACACAAGCAAUAAAGAUAUAUUGUCUCACUGUAA